GUUAAUUCAUAUUUCGUUUUCACCAAUUAUUAAACAAAAAUAAUUUUCCAUAUACUCAAAUAUUGAGCUAAAUAUUUUUUCAAAAAGAUUUAAAAAAAAAAAGCAUAUAAAAGUUCCUUCUCUCUCUCUCACACACACACAUUCAGUAUUGAUUCUCAGUUCUCUUCUCUUUCGCCUAAACUCUCUCUACAUCCAUGGCGGCGGCGGCGGCAAUCCCCGAAAAUCUCAGUCGUGAGCAGUACCUCUACUUAGCAAAACUCGCCGAACAAGCGGAACGUUACGAAGAAAUGGUUCAUUUCAUGGACAAACUGGUCAUCAACUCCACUCCUUCCGGCGAACUCACUGUAGAAGAACGAAACCUUCUCUCCGUGGCGUACAAAAACGUGAUCGGCUCACUCCGUGCGGCGUGGCGGAUCGUGUCAUCGAUCGAGCAAAAGGAGGAGUCAAGGAAGAAUGAGGAGCACGUGAAUCUGGUUAAGGAGUAUAGAGGUAAAGUUGAGAAUGAGUUAUCGGGAGUUUGUGCUGGGAUAUUGAAGUUGCUGGAGUCGAAUCUGGUGCCGUCGGCUUCAACGAGUGAAUCGAAGGUGUUUUAUUUGAAGAUGAAAGGUGAUUAUUAUAGGUAUUUGGCAGAGUUUAAAGUUGGUGAUGAAAGGAAACAGGCUGCUGAAGAUACUAUGAAUUCGUAUAAGGCUGCUCAGGAAAUUGCACUGACAGAUCUGCCUCCAACGCAUCCCAUAAGGCUGGGUCUUGCUCUUAAUUUCUCUGUCUUCUACUUUGAGAUACUGAACUCAUCCGACAAAGCUUGCAGUAUGGCAAAGCAGGCAUUUGAGGAAGCCAUAGCUGAGCUGGACACUUUAGGUGAAGAAUCGUACAAGGAUAGCACUCUCAUCAUGCAACUCCUACGAGACAAUCUCACACUCUGGACCUCAGAUGCUCAGGAUCAGUUGGAUGAAUCCUGAUUUGCUAUGCUGACUCAUGGUGUCUUUUUAGGGAUGGGCUCUAAAUGUAGUUUGCUUUGUGCUGACUUGUUGUAUAAGAAAAAAGGCAGUUUCUCUUGACAUGUUAUGUUUGAUAUUUGACUUAUGGUGGUUUGGUACUUGGAACUGUAGGAGUUAAAUUUGCCAUAUUUUCUGCAUUUCUUUUUCUUUGGUAACAGUCGCUGCCUUUAGAUUCUUCUCUUCUCAUUGCAAUUGAACCUUGUAAUGUGUACGCUUGAGGUAUUGUAAGAAAAAGCUUAAUUGGA